CCACUUCAAGGGCUAUCCCCCUUCGGAGCGAGCGGGGUAUCGUGAUGCUCACUUUGGAAUGGAAUUGACUCAUUAUGACGGCUGCUGUGCGCACGCGAGGGAAUGAACCGGUUGGAUAGGAUGAAGACGCGCAGCCCGCGUGGGAACUGCACGGGUUAGUUUGCACCGGCGAACUCCGCUCGCGCGUCAGCGAGACUUCUAACGAUCGCCGUCACAUUCCGUUCGCAGGACAGCGUUCAGCCGCACGCGCGCAAAACCCGAACGUCGAUGUCUCUUAUCCGCGCGCAGUGACGCCUCCUCGCUGUCAUGUAGGGGCUUCAUGCGAACGCGUUACUGUUGACCGAUGGGACACAAACAGAGGGUCACUCUCGGUGCGAGAAAGCAGCGCGAAGAGGAUCCGCCGUGUAUGCAAGAAACGAAUCAUUUCGGAGAGGAAAUAGAGCAAAUUGCGCUCUCUGAAAAGUUGAGUUCCAGCCGCGGGGGAGCAGGUCGAAACGCUUUAUCAUAUCUGGCAGGGAACACACUGACUGAGUGUUGCGCGUGACUGGGAUCGCGUCUGAAUAAACACCUGCCUCCGAGGACCUUAAGAACUCGAACCUGACAGAAGAUUAUUUACCGAGGAUUAAGCGUCCGUCUGAAUCACAAAAUAAUAAGGAUAUACGCGCCUGUGUUAAUAAUAACUCAUCUGGAACCGGGCGAAAAUGAGGCAGCGGUUCAAAUGCGCACAGAAUCAACCCGUUUGUUUCCAGUUGUAAGCGCUGCCCCGACCAUCCUUUGGGCGCAUAUCUGUUGUUUUUCAAACAGAGGUCUGUCACCCCGGAGAGGAGCAUCCGGACAGCUGCGUCUGGAGCGGAGGAGCGCUGUGCUGUUUGAAGGUUUCUGCAGAAAAACGCUGGAGCAAUGAGUCGCAUCCUCCAUCCACAGGUGUUGACCAUCUGGAUUACACUAAUCUCCAGGGCAACAGCUGACUUGACCUGCGACGCUCUACUCCUGCUCUCCACAAAUCUUACAGCUCGCACUUUGAUCCUGUGGAAUCAGACGUCUAGUCCCACCAAUUCUACAGGUUUGUUCUGUAACACUUCGAUUGAUGGCAUUGGGACAUGCUGGCCCAGAAGCAGUGCUGGAGAAGUGGUGUCCCGUCCCUGUCCAGAGACCUUCCUCGGAGUCCGUUACAACACCACCAAUAACGUGUAUAGAGAAUGUCUUGCCAAUGGCACCUGGGCGAAGAAGGGAAACUACUCCCAAUGUCAGGAAAUCCUCAACGAGGAGAAGAAGAGCAAGCUGCAUUACCACAUUGCAGUCAUCAUAAACUACCUGGGACACUGUAUCUCUCUGGGAGCCCUGCUGGUCGCCUUCAUCCUCUUCAUGAGGCUCAGGAGUAUCCGGUGUCUGAGAAAUAUCAUCCACUGGAACCUGAUUACAGCAUUUAUCCUGCGAAAUGCCACCUGGUUCGUGGUGCAGCUCACCAUGAACCCAGAGGUGCAUGAGAGCAAUGUGAUCUGGUGCAGGCUGGUCACAGCAGCGUAUAAUUAUUUCCAUGUGACCAACUUCUUCUGGAUGUUUGGAGAGGGCUGCUAUCUGCACACAGCCAUAGUACUGACAUACUCCACCGACAAACUGAGGAAAUGGAUGUUCAUCUGUAUAGGCUGGUGUAUUCCAUUCCCCAUCAUCGUCGCUUGGGCCAUUGGCAAGCUGUACUAUGACAAUGAAAAGUGCUGGUUUGGGAAACGGGCCGGCAUUUACACUGAUUAUAUUUACCAGGGUCCCAUGAUCCUGGUCCUGCUGAUUAACUUCAUUUUUCUCUUCAACAUUGUGAGGAUCCUGAUGACUAAACUGAGGGCCUCCACCACCUCAGAGACCAUUCAGUACAGGAAAGCAGUGAAGGCCACACUGGUUCUUCUGCCGCUGCUGGGCAUCACAUACAUGCUGUUCUUCGUCAACCCAGGCGAGGAUGAGAUCUCACAGAUUGUCUUCAUUUACUUCAACUCUUUCCUAGAGUCCUUUCAGGGCUUUUUUGUGUCAGUGUUCUACUGCUUUUUGAACAGUGAGGUACGCUCAGCCGUUCGUAAGCGGUGGCAUCGCUGGCAGGAUAAGCACUCCAUUCGGGCGCGGGUGGCACGGGCCAUGUCUAUACCCACCUCUCCAACACGGGUCAGUUUCCACAGCAUCAAGCAGUCGUCUGCCGUCUGACCAGAACAGAAGUGAAGCAUCUACCCCCGUUUCUUCUGCUCCCGCUCUUUCCGUCCUCUAACCAUCCACAUCCUCUGCAAAACCCAGGGAUAACAGCUAUGGGCCAAACAGGGUAUGAUCCUCAGCUGAAACAUAGAUGAAGGCUGGAAAUGUACAGAGAUAACGAGGUCCACCUGCCAAACACAGAGGGGAAAAACUGCUUCAGAAACAGAUUAGAGCAUCGGUGGUCUCAGACAGCAAUGGGAGACCGUGGGAGGAACCUGACACACACACACACACAAAGAAAGGUUGAUAAAUACUGGCAUAGUGUAUUUAUUCAAUAGACAGAGUUAUAUAUGUCACAUCCUGUUCUUGAGUUUUCUUUCGUCGGAGAGCUCAGAUUAUUCCUAACUAUCAGAGUAAGAUGCUAUAUAAUAUACACUACAUGGCCAAAAGUAUUGCGAGUGCUAGCCAUACAUGUGUCUGAAUGGGAUCAAAUCCAUAUUCCAACAUCUACUGGAAACCUUCCCAGAAGAGUGGAAGCUGUUAAGGAGGAUAAACUCCUUAUUAAUGCCAAUAGUUUUAGAAUUAAUUGCUCAGAAAUCACAUUUUUGUGCAUCCACAAACUUUUGGCCAUAUAGUGCAAAUAGUCUUAGGAGUUUUAAAACAAAAUAACAUAAUCAGAGAAGAAGAAAAAAAGAAGUUUUCCAAUUGGAAAGCGAACUGUAUCUUUGACAGAUCUUAAUGUGAACUUUCAUUAUUGUUAUUGAAUCGUUUGACUGGAUACAUUGGGGACAAAUGUGUGGCGUUUUCUCCGAGAUGUUCAGCUUGUGACCCUUAUUUUUUUUUUCUCACCCUUCACUCGCUGCUCUUCAUUGCCCACGUUGUUGCAGCUAGUAAUAGUUUCUAUGAGCAAACUCGUUGAACGUGGACACGUUUCGCACUGAUAUGAUGAGUACAUCAGUCGCCGUGUAUAUCAUGCACUGCGAAAAUUGUAAACAGUUUUUACAAAGAUGAAAGGUAUGUGUUAAUGCUCUCUAAGCCGGUUCGCAUCCUGGGACUCAAGGAUAUGUCUAAACCCUGGGGAAAAAGAGGAAGGAAGCUCACAGGAAAGGGAACAACAUCAUGAAAGACUCUCAUGCCUGCUAAGGUAGAAGACGGUACGCUCCGAUGCUAAACACAUAACACAAUCUUUUAAAUAAGGGGUUUAUCACAGAACAAAGAAAGGAUUUUGAUUUUAUCCUGCAUUUGGAGCCUCAGCCAAGCGAUUGAAUGUAUUUCAAUUAAGCACUCCAGCUCUCCUGUUCAUAUAAAUUCCCACUUAUCUAGCCGUUUUACGAGAUGAUCAUAGUACAAAAUACUUGAGAAGUUGGAUUCUGAAGACUCUUUCAAAAAAGUCUAAUUCUAAUCACGCGUGACUGGAAGCUGUUGGUGGUUUUGUUGCCCAAGAGCCUUAUACGGAUAGCUCACCCAAAAAUGACAAUUCGGUCAUCAUUUACUCAGCCUCAUGUUUAUCUAGCCGCGUGACUGCGUUUCAUUCAGCAAACAAGGAAGACGUUUUAAAGAAUGUACACCACCCUUCAGAAGUUUGAGUCAUUAAAUUUUUUUAACUGCAUAAAAAAAUGCCAACACAGUGUUAUGACCAAUUUGUACGUAUUUAACGAGGUGGCUUAUUUGUAUAAAUUCGUACAACCUCACUUUUGUCUAGUGACACAGUGACGGUUUAAUGGUGUGGUGAGGUGUAGGUGCGGGCCACUCGUCGAAAGUAUAUACGAUUUCAUGAAAAAUGUAUGCAUUUGUAUGAUUGAGGUCAUACAAAUUAGCCAACUCGUUAAACAUGUUCAUAUGAAUUGCUGUGCGAUCGGGAUGAGUAUACACUUGAGGACUGCAACAAAUCGGAUAAAUGUAUAAAUGAGUUGAACUGAAUCGGUUUGAUUUGUGAACUGCUCUUGUUAACUUGGUCAUCUGAUUCAAUGAAAAGACUCUUUAUGAUCUGUUCACAAAUGUUCUGCUACGUUCACAAUUUGUUCGGAAAAUCAUGGGGUUGAGUAAAUGAUGACAGUUUUCAUUUAGAGUGAGCAAUCCUGUUUUAAAAUGUCAGUUUUUUUAUAUGAAGCAAGGUGCAUUUCAAUAUUUACAUUGCUACUAGUGUGGGCAGAAAUUUAUGGACAGCAGGGAAGCUACUGUGUCAUUUGUGGACCAUAUAUAUAAUUUUUUUUCUCUAGUUUCUCUGGACAGCUGUUCUGUGUGGAAGUACAUUUGAAAAAAUAGAUGAAUUGUGCACUUUUGUGUUUUCUAGGACCAGCUUCUUCAAUUCAAAUCCCAACAGAAUUGGGCUCAGCUAAAUCUGCUCCUAUAUCAUUACAGUCAAGAGAGAUCUGCAUGCCUCACACAGGGCCAUUUAACAUCCAUCCAUGUGUUAUAACCAUCGUCGAGAUGAGCCGCCAAUGACCGAGUCCUGUGACCGCUCACUGCUGACUCAGCACAGUAAAGCAGAUUUAGCUUUUGUGCUCAUACAUCCAAUCAAUCACAUCUGAUAGGGAGAGCAAGGUUGUAAAAAAAAAAAAAAAACUGACUCAGGACCUUCAUCUAUGCCUCUGUGCUCUUCUGACCUUCCUGACGUACUUGUGUGAGAAUCAUUUGUAAAGGCUUCAGCAGAUUCCACAUUCAGUCAUGCUUGUCGUGUACGUGUCCCGUAGCACCAUAUAUACGAGUUAGACAUCUAGUUGUAUAUAUAUAGGAUGACUAGCAUUGUGAAGUUUGCUAUCUACCAUAUAGCAGUGUGUGUAUCUGACAAACUAAGGACCAAGCUUGUGUCACUGCUGCUAGUAAACUGAAAAACAAGGUUCGUUUUAAUGUCGCUACUAAGUUUAGGACUAAGGCUUUGUUUUUGUUUUUUUAAUUUUUAGGCUGUGCAAAGUAAUUUUGCAGUGAAAUCUGAUCUGAUUGUUCUGACAUUGUAGUAAAUAUCAGGAUGCCAGCAACUGAGAGCUGGAAAGAGCGUACAAAAUGUCAUGACAUCUAUCCACUCUGCUGAACUCACAAGGCGCAUAAGGAAACAUGAUUUUAGCUAUUCAUGCAUAUUUUGUGCACAAAACUGCCUUUUUGUGCACUCUUCGCUAAUUGAGGAAAAGGUGAGAUAGUAUAUUCUCAGUAAGAUAUUAUUCAGCAAGAUGCAGUAAAGAUGCAAUUUUUUUAAAAAACAUAUUACAUAGCUGAUAAAAAAAAAUGCUGUUCCUUUGCAGCCCCUGUUCAUCAAUGAGCUCAGAAUUGAUUUAUUUUUUUACAGUUUUUAACAUCUUCCAAAAACGUUAAAAAUAAUCUCACUGACCUCAAACUUUAGAAUAGUAGAUUUUACAUAUUGUAGCACCCCAAAUAAUGAUUAAAAUAUCUAAAAUCAGAUUUUUAAAUGAUUUAAAAAUGUUGUCUCUGUCUGUGGUUACUUAUUGUAUAAAGCCCAUAAAAUGGCCCAUCAAAAAAAAAGCACAAUAGAUUAGUGUACAAAAAAAUAUCAGGAGAUAAUGUACAGUCAAACGGUCAUUAAGGGGUUUAUUUUGAGACAGUGACCAUCUGAUUAUACAUUGUUCCACUUAUUUGGCCGCUGCUUAUCAUUUAAAUGUGAGAUGGAUAUUGAUUUUAUUUGAAAUGAUUUGAUUAUGUCAGAAGAAAGAGGGCGCAGAGAUUUUCAGAGACAUGUUUAGUCAGUCUGGCUGCGAUUGACCAAUCAGAUUCAUGUAUUCCAGCAAACCUUGUAAUGAAAAUAGAGAAACUAAGAAUAGCUGGAUGCUGAAUAGCAAAACUCUUCAGACAGUGAUGAAUGUGAUGUGGACAGAAAUGAGAGCGGCAGAGGUUACUAUUUAUGUCGAACAGAUCUGUUUGCUGGUGCGUGUGGAAUCGCGUCACCUGAGGGAUCUGAUUUAGCUUCAUGGGCCUGAAGACUUUCACAGCACUGCUCAGACACACUCCAUCAGCCUUUCCCUCACUAUUUAUAGCACUUUAAUAGUAAACAGCUCAGAUGUUCACUUCGUAUACAAACCUGUGGGGCUACUAAUGAAAAGGCCAUUUAGAGACAGAGGUGCAGUCUAUACAACAUUAUAACAAUAUUACAAUAUAUUACCCUCCUGAAGAGCUAAAUUAGUGACGUAUCUAGUGAAUUAGGUGUUAGUUGGAACCUUAUUCUAGUGGAACCAUGUCUAAUCGUACUUAUACCUUUCUUAGGCCACAUGAAACAUAAUCCAGUGUCAUGUAUAUUAUUUACAAAUCAUUAAUUAAUCAGUUCCGGAAAGUAGCGCCACGAUUUUACUACAUUGAUUGGCAUUAGAUGCAAAUCCACUCUUAAAAAUAAAGGUUCCUCAUGGGCAUCUAUGAGAAACAUAUAACUUGCACAGAACCUUUCAAUUUCACAAAAGGUUCUUUAUAAGUGUUCACCAGAUAAUUGAAAUGUUCAUCACGUUAAGAAAAACUGUUUCUUUUAGGAACUGUUCAAUGAAAGGAUCUUCCGGGCACCCAAAAUUGUUCUUUACGGGCUAAUGGUUUAAAACAGACCUUUAUGUUUAGAUAUAUCUAUCUAUCAGGUUGUUUUUUGAAGGUGAAGUGUGUCCUCUAAACAGGUCCCAUUUUAAUACACAACUGUGUGUAAGCCAUUCGCAGUUUUAUAAGGAGAAAAAAACCUGCUAUGGCUCUGUGAACAUUGCUCUGUUUGCUUGAGCGAAUUUGAUUUCACGAAUGAAAGUGCGAGUACCUGGUGUGCUGUUAGUUUUCUAGAUGACCAGAUUCUUGAUUUUCUCUCAGCAAGCGAAAAAAAAAAAAAAAAAGAGCGAAAAACCCUGUAGACUUAAAUUAAAGGAGCUACCUGAGCCGUAUCUCUUUGGGCUUGGACCAGUAAGCGACAAUCUAGCAACCAUCCAAGACUCCCUGGCGACCACAUCAAGGAAUAGUUCACCCAAUUCAUUUAAACAGAUUCGGAGAAAUUUUACAUUACAUCACUUGCUCACCUUAGUCACACUUCAGCUUUGAAACACCAAUGGUAAUACUUAUUUGUGGUUUUUGCGUGUAAUAGUUUGAUUUGUAUCACUUUUCCCUUUCAACUUUUGUCUGUGACCUCCAGAGAGCAGUCAGCAUUCCAAAGCUAUGAAGCAUUCUCCAUGCCCUGCGACAUAUGCGAUAUUCCAAAGUACGGCAUACACGGUGUGCUCCUCCAACGUGCCUCAGAGAAGGCCUAAAAACACAGUCUCUGCUCAAGGCUUAUCAUUUCAUCUUUGCACAUAACUCAGAUACCUUCUUCUGUUCAAAGACAAAAAUGUCCAGACUCACUAUUCUUGGUAAGGUCAGUGUCUGUAUCAGAUUUGUUGGCCGCCAUCCUUCAGCCGGAGUUGUACGUUUUCAGUAUUAGUUCAGUCAUUUCUAGUAGUGUUGUCAUUUCUGUGUUGGUGAGCCCUUGCUUAUUUUUCUAUAUCUGUGAGAAGCAACACUGGUGUCCGUGUUCGUUUCUGUUUCUUUAUUCACUGAAAAUCAUUUUCUUUGUCAAUGUUUUAGUCUUGUUUACCAGUAAAGUAUUUAAUGCGUUUCAAACACGAAUUUGCUUGAAAAAAAAAAAACUAUUAAAAAGAAUAGUAUUUCGUUUGAAUAGGUACAUUUAUCUUGCUUUAAAGAUGUUUAAGUUUUUUUACUGGAAAACAACACAAAGAUACUGAUUCAGAAAAGUAUGUUUGCAAAGUUUAUUUUCUCUUUUUUUAGAGGUUGUGAAGGAGUUCUUCCAAAGUUGUGAAAUGUACAGAAGGUCCGAACAAGUACGAGCUGUGCAGCUGUAUUUGUAACCACGAUGUCAAUACGUGAUCUUUUUUGGGUAUUUCUGUUGUGUUUAGUCACUGAUGUGAAAGUGUACAAAGAAAAAUUUAUUUAUUUAUACAUGUAUGGCACAGAAAAAAAUAUCUAUAUAUUUAUCUCACUAUUUAAAUAGGUCAGAAACCACGAGCCCACACGUGACUCAUAUCAAUAUAUCCAUAACAUUAAUGUCCAGAAUGUGUGAAGACGACGUAAUCUUGUAUGUCCUGCUUUUUGUGGUUCUGUGAGACAAUCUUUGCUAUCAUUUCUGUCAUUUUCUGCAGUGCUUCAAGAACAUUCUAUUUAUUACUUUUUUGCUCCUCUGUUUGUUUAUGACUGAUUUGGUGUUUGAGAGAAUUUAGGAACUGUACAGAAAUUUAUAUUAAAUCAGCUACACAAAGAGUAAAGUCAUAUGUUGAAGGCAUAUAGUACUGUGCUGAUCAAGAUGUGCAUUAAAUUGUUUUCUUUUUUUAAA